AUGGCCUCGAAACGCUCCUCGAAGGAGGACCGCAGGCUUAAGGUCCUGGUGGUAGGCGCAGGCGCUGCUGGGAUGUCAUGCGCCGCAACCCUAGCGAAAGAACCGGACAAGUUCGAAGUGACCUUGCUCGAAAAGGACAACGUACCAGGCGGACAGGCAAAGUCCAUCGCCAUCGACAAGGCCAAAUUUGGAGCAGACUGGGUAAACAUCGGGGCUCAGGGCGGUCCAGGGAUAUUCAAGCACACAUACAGCUUCUUCCGGGAAUAUGGUCACGAGCCGCACGAGGCUACCCUGCAGUUCGCGUUUGGCAAGGGGAAGGAGAAUUUCUGGACAAAUGCCUUUCCAACCUCCGUCGUGCAGGAACAUGCGGAUGAGAUACGGAAGUUCGGAGAACUCCUCAGGAAGGUCCGCCAGUAUUCCCUGCUCUGGCAUCUCCCGCUAAGGGUCUUCUUGCGCAUCUUCGGCUUCUCAAAGGACUUCGGAAACAAGAUCAUCUACCCGGCAACCUCGAUAUUCUUUGGCAUGGGCAAUCAGGGCCGUAAUGUGCCAUGCGGGCUCUUCCAGGGCCUCCUCGAGGACCCUAAGAUAAAAUUCUGGUCGUAUGACAUGUCAACACUCGUGCCGUUCAAUCACUCCGCAUAUGCAUACCCAAACAUGAGUCGUUUCUAUCUGGACUGGGCCGAAGGGCUUCGUGCGAAGGGGAUCAAUAUCCGAUUCAAUACCCAGGUCGUCAAUGUCUUCCAAAGAAACAAGAAGGGUAUAAUAGUGGAAACCCGUCGCAUUGAUUCAGACCACAGGAUUGGAGAUAGCGGUAUUAAGAACAAGACCUUGUCGGAACCUUAUGAUAAGAUCGUCUUUUGCAUUCCAGGAGACCAGGCAAAGGACCUCUUAGGCAACCUGGCAACGUGGCGAGAGAAGGUAGUAUUGGGAACGACCCAAUGGUGCAAGGACCUGACCAUAACCCAUUCCGACUAUGCCUACUUUCAGAGAAAGUUCGAGGUACAUUACCGGGAUGAGAUAUGCGGCGAAGCCCAGACGCAGGAAGACAAAGACCAUAUCAAUGCUGCAAAGGGGGAACAGGGCGCCACAUCCAGAUUUCAGCCGUCGUAUUGCACGUUUUCUUACCAAGCGCGGCCAGAGAAGAUGGAAGUAGGAUAUGACUGCACUCGGUUCCAAUACCAGUUCCGGAACCCAAAUGGCACCGAGGACCCAUUGCCACCGUUCGAGAACCACAUAUUCCAGAGUCACUUCAUAGACGAGGACAUGAAGCAUGUAUGGACGGUGGACCUUAUCGACCAGGAAAAGAUCAUCGAACAAAAGUGGUGGCACCAGCUUUCCCAUAGAUGGCAACACUUUGCAAAACUCGUGCCAGCCAUGAAGUUUCUGAACGGAAGGAAUAAUACCUUCUAUGCUGGCUCGUGGACCUACACAAAUUUGCAUGAAGUAGCUGUGAUAUCUGGUACAGCAGCGGCAUAUCGCCUAGGAGCCCGCUACGACAAAAUAGACGACGAAGCCGAUCAAAUAUUCGCCCAUUUCCUCAAUAUGUCUCACGGCGUACACUUCAAGAGGAAAUAA